AUGGAUCAAGAAAGUAGCUCGCGUACAGGAGAACCGACAGUCCUCAUUGGUCAGGCUCUCCUGAGGCUGCGGGAUGCUGUCGCCAUGAUAUCGGCACGUGUCCAGCAGAGAGCCGUACGGGGCUUUGUUUUGUUCUUGGUCAUCUCGCUGAUCCUGACCCUCGCUGCCUUCUUAUACGGGGGCUUCUACUACUCGUACAUGCCCGUGGCGUCUUUUUCCUCACCUGUUCACUAUUACUACAGGUCAGACUGUGAAUCUCCAAACUCUUUUUUGUGCACUUAUCCAGUGGCCAACAUCUCUCUGAUGAAGAACAAGAAACCUGUGCUGUCGUUGGGCCAGCCCUAUCAGAUCUCUUUGGCCCUGGAGAUGCCUGAGUCUCUAACCAAUCAGGAGCUGGGGAUGUUCAUGAUCAGGACGACCUGUUUCUCUCAGGCGGGAGGCCAGGUCGCCUCCUCUGCUCGCGAUGCAAGACAACCACUGUCCUCCUCCAGCACUCGCUUCAGCAUGCUGCGAUACCGCUCAGAGCUGCUGAAGACGUUCAGAACGCUGCUGUUCCUCCCUGCCUUCUUGACCGGAGUCACUGAGCAGAAACAAGUGCUGGAGGUGGAGCUCUUCUCUGACUACACAGACGACCCCUACGCCCCCUCAGUCACAGCCGUCAUUGAGAUCCUGUCCACCAGGGUGCAGAUCUACUCAUCUGAGCUCUACGUUCAUGCUCAUUUCACCGGAAUUAGAUACUUGUUGUUCUACUUCCCUGUCAUAUCGGCCCUGGUGGGCGUGUCCAGUAACUUCAUCUUCCUCAGCGUCCUCUUCAUCCUCAGCUACCUGAGCAGCACACAGCAGACACCACUCAGAACAGAUGGACCUGAGUCAGAGAGGGAAAAGAACAUGAACAACAACCAGCAAGAGGAUGAAAAAGAUGUUGCUGCCGGUACGGCAGAGCUGCUGGAACCCCUCCAGGUAACCCCCACAAAUCAGAGCUGGAAGAGGCCCGAUUGCACUGUGGCGACAGCACAGAGCAGCAGAACAUAA